AUGGUAAAAUUUGCAGUAUUGGACUUUCAUGGUCAUCGUGUCUUGAUACUUUCUCCCCACCUCAUUUUUAGUUACGUCGCUACACGGACAUUCUACACAACUAGUUCAGCAAUCUCGGACACUCUUAUCGAUUCAUGCCUUGUUAAGCAAUCUCAUCUCCCGUGUCUGUCUUCUGUUGAUUUUAAAGCAGCAAAUCUGAAUGGUGCACUAUUGAGUGAAGUACAGUGUCUUCUUCACCUUUCUGGUUUGGGAGAUGCAUCUGUAUCUCAACAUUUAAAUACUAUAGCCCAGAAAAACAUCGCUUGUUUUGAAAUAGAAAGAGAAGCUUUGCUGAAAUUCAAAAAUGACAUAAAAAAUGAUUAUUGCAGCAGUAUAAUCUCUUGGGGAAGUCAACAAUCUGAUUGUUGUAAAUGGAAUGGUUGGUUGUUCAACUCGAGUACAGUUAAUGUUCAUCUUAAACAUUUUGACUUGUCCCAUAAUUCAAUUGAAGGAACCAUCCCAACUGCAAUAGCAAUACUUGAAUCCCUUGAAUUCCUUGACUUUUCUGGUAAUUCAAUUUCUGGGCCUAUUCCAAACACUUUAACGAAUAUGCAUACUCUUUCGUAUCUCGAUCUUUCUGAUAAUAACCUUGAGGGAAUAAUUCUUGGUGGAAUGGAAAAACUCGAGUUUCUCGAAUACCUUGAUCUAUCAUAUAACUCACUUGUAGGAUUGAUUCCAAGCUCAUUUAGAAAUAUGCAUGUUCUUUCAUAUCUUGAUCUUUCUAAUAAUAAACUCGAAGGAAUGAUUCCCGAUACAAUCGGAAACCUCAAGUCUGUUACAUUACUUUCCCUGUCAAACAACUUAAUUUCUGGUAAAAUUCCUGAUGCAUUUAAGAAUUUGAAUGCACUUGAACAUCUUGAUCUAUCAAAAAAUUCCAUUUCAGAUUUCGUUGAUCUGUUCUUCAAUCGCCUUUCUGGUCCGAUUCCAUCAACACUCGAUAUAUUUGGAGUUGAAGCCUUUGAAGGGAAUGUUAAUCUUUGUGGACUACAACUCUCUACUGUAUGCCCCCUCGAGCAAGAAGGAGAUGUCUCACCGGAACAAACAUCAGAUGACAACUUCUAUCUAGGAUUGAAGAUCUUUCUAUCGAGUCGUAUGAAAUCUUAUUGUUGUGAAUGGGUUAAGGCAAUGGUGAAGAAACAACCAACAAACAAAUGCAAAGUAAACACCAAAAACAGAGCACCAACAACAAUGGACAACAACACAAUAUGUAUGAGACACAAUGGGAGGCGAUUUAAGGCGGCAGCCCAUGUGGUUCCAGGUAGUUCUUGUGGUUCAUUAGACACUUAUGAAUACGUGGCUAAUUCAACAUUCAACAAUGCCAUCUGCCAUAUGCCCAUAUCUGAUGUUCUAUUGGUCUUCUUUGAGUGUAGAGAACAUGCUUAA